CCGGUGGUGAAGUAGCGAAGGAUUUUUAGGGACGAGGCGGUGCACGUGCGGUACGAUUGCGAGCAGUCGAUGUAUUUCGCGUGGUUUGUUUAGUUUGGUUUUUUGGACAGCUGACAGAGAGGGAUUGAUCGGUGCGAAGAGUGUUUGGUCUCGCUGGGGGAUAUUUUCAACAUUUGGACAAAAUCAUAUCAACAAUAAGUCAAUUAAAUAUUUUUUGCUACGCGGAAAUCAACUCGUCGCGUCUAAGGUUGCCGAUCGGUGAAAAAAUUCCGGUUCGUUAUAACAACGUCUGAGGAGAGCGGAGAAUACUUUCGAGAGGAGUUAUUUUUCAGAUCAGCAAUGCCCAAUAUGUCAAAAAGAAUAAUGUUCUACAGCCUUGUCCUACUACUGGUGCUCUCAGUAAACGCCUACUCCUCAUGUCCAACGAAAUGUUCCUGCUACCUAGACAUAAAAGGACGCCGAGUAGUUCUUUGCAAAGAUGGAGGCCUCACAGGCCCCCUAGACCUUAACGGGUUCGGUUACGACACAGAAAUCAUCAAAAUAACCGCCCCCGACGACAACACCAACCUGCUCACCAUGUCGCCAGCUUUCCAGAGGUACACCAAGCUGGAAGAGAUCCACGUGACGAAAAGCAACAUUCCCCAACUCGGCAUGCACUUCUUCUUCGGCCUGACGAAGUUGGAUGUGCUAAAUUUGUCACAGAACAACAUUACCCAGCCUCUGGAUCACAAUUUUCGCGGUCUGGACAAACUGAAGGAACUGUAUCUGGACGACAACCGGAUCCAGUCGUUGCCUAGCGGCACUUUCCGCUAUCUGCAUGAAUUGAAGGUGCUGUCGAUACAACGCAAUCGAAUCCGGGAACUGGCGAACAGGAUUUUCCUGGAAAUUGGAAAGUUAAAAGUGCUGAAGCUGAGCGGAAACAAUUUGCGGGAACUUAAUCCGGAGGUUUUCCGGGACGUUCAGGAACUUCGCCACUUGGAAUGCCGAGGAUGUGCCUUAGAGAAAAUCAACAAAGAAAUUUUCAGCCUGCUUCCAUAUCUGUCCUAUUUAGACUUGGGUGACAACGAAAUCAAACUAAUCCACACCGACAACUUAAAAGAUCUGAUUAACUUAAAAGUACUUAAGCUAGACGGUAACCAGUUGACUGUUUUACACGACAAUAUUUUCCUUAACCAGGCAGCGCUAAAAAAGAUCAACUUGGCCCGCAACCACAUCACCAAAAUCUCAGCCAAUGCCUUCGUUGAACUAUAUAAUUUGACUGACAUCGACUUAAGUUUUAAUAAAUUAGAGAAAGUUCACGAAGGGGCAUUUGGAGCUGUUAGUAGUAGUUUGGAGAUGUUAAAUUUGAGCGGAAAUCAGAUGAAGUUACAUACUUUGAAGGAGUUAGCUUCGAUGGAGAACUUGAAAGAACUUAAACUCUCAAAGUGUGAAAUUAUGGAUACGAAAAUAGAAAUAUAUCCUCCAAAUUUAAGAGUCUUAGAUUUGAGUAACAACUACAUUUCUCUGCUUAAUACUGAAUACUUUCCUUACUCCUUAAAGGAACUUGACGUCUCUAACAAUAGAAUUAGAGGAAUUGACGAGAACGACAUGAAGAAGCUGGACGACUUGAAGUACUUGAAUCUUCAAAAGAACCCCUGGUCUUGUGAUAUUUGCUUUAUCGUGCCUUUGUUAGAACGAGCCAAUAGAAGUGCCACAUUCAGCGAACUGAUUUGCGUAUCUCCUUACACUGUCAAAGGAAAAACGUUGGGAACUAUAGUAAAAAGCGAGUUAACUUGGUGCUCGGCUGCUAGUUACAGCACUGGAGAUCCAGACUUUUUCUUGGUAGCCGGUGAUGGAAGAAUGCGUAUAAUAGCUGCCAGCAUGUCAGUUUGUCUGUUUCUUCUUACUAUUCUUGCUGUGAUAGGUGCAGUAUGCUAUUCAAGAAGACACGCUGCGAGGUAUUAUACACACGAAGACAAACUAGCUAUGGAAGGAGAAAAUAUAUUCGAGAACAACCAUAGCCCAUUAUUUUGCGAUAGAGAAUUAAGUUUUAAAUUUCCAUUGGAUGCGAAUGAAAAACGAAUAUCAAUAGCGACUAUUGAAGAAGUUAAAAAAGAACAUUCUAUUACCAACGGUACUUGAAGAUAGAUAGACCGUGAAGUGUUUUUAUUGAUAGCGUGAUAACUUUCAAGAAAAGUCAGACGCUAUGGUGUCAAAUACUGUACAAAAAGUGUAUGUAAAUAAAAGAUGAUAUUUUAUGUGUGCCAGAGACGGAAGGUUGUGCCAAUUAUUUUGAGCCCUAUGGGUUUUAAAUGUAACUAGAGAUACUGUAUUUUGAUAACAUUGCAACUGUCUAAAUAUGAAAUUUAAUAUAUUAUAUUUUUUGUGAAGAAAGAAUUAGAAUCUGUUCCUUGAAAAAAAAAGUUUUACGUCACUGGAAGAGAAAUUUACUAAAUUAAAAAAGGUAUUUUUAAAACAUCACCAUUAGAUAAGAACGUUAUUAUAAAGAAUAAACUCUUAAAAUUGUAAUAAUAAUUGUUUUUAGGCAUAAAAUGGAGGUAAACUUCAACAACAAGCCAACAUAUUACAUUAUUAUUUUCAAUUAAUUUAUGUUUGGGUAUAAUGAUUUGCGAAAAUAGUUUAUUCUAAUAAUGAAUAAACCGGACAAUACUACAGUUAGUUUAACACUCUAAAGAUAUAUUUCUCUUAAAAUUACCUCUCAUUGAAAAAGUGUUAAUAAUGAUAGUAUCUAAUUCUCGUAUCGUUUUAUAAUUUAACUUGUUUUAGGUUAGGCUAGGUUAGGUUGCUGGGGUUGCCCUAACUCGGAGGCCUUGGGCCCACGCGAUACCCCUGUAUUAUUGUGUACUAAACCUUCCUCGCAUUCUUUAUUUGCGUUAAAGCACUUCCUGGUCUUUGCAAAGUUCCCGAUGUUGCUGAUGUUGGCUUCUGCUGCUUCCUCU